AUGCGCGAGAAGCGAAAAAUUCCUCCCCGUGGUGGAGAAUCCACCGCAAAGAGAAAGCUUUCAGAGGCAGCUCUCAAAAGGGACACCACACCGGCGAAGAGAAAAGCAUCUGCUACGCCCACUAUCCCCUCGCUGCCGGAACCUGAGAGGAGGGUCCUCCCCACAAAGAUUGAAGAUGGAAGCCCGUUGCCUACUCUUACCAACCCACAACCAAGCACUCUGUCACCGGAGGAGUAUCAGUCCUACGCUGAGAGGUACGCGCCCAAUGACUCAAGCUUCCUGUUGAACGUUGCUGGAGUUCAGGCGGAAUAUUCGUUUACUGAUUGCUGGCUCUCAUUUAGCGCUGUAUUGUCUGCUGCUCUGCAAAGGUCAAGGAUAAGAUGGCUUAAUGACUGCAUAUUUGAGAAAUACUGGACCAAACCAUCCAAGAAGAAAUCACAGCCCCAACCACGGCAGAACCCCCCACGAGAAUCCAUGAGUAAACUGGGACCCUGCAAUAUCCUUAUCGAGCCUCAUCACUUUGAAGCCAUGUUAUUUACCGUCCGAAACCCGCAAGCCCAACAACCAAUCCAAUAUGCUCCUCCCCAGCGACCAAUUGUGCAAUACACCCCGCCCAAAUAA